UUAUUACAAGCUUGGGUUGCCAAAUUAUAACAAGGAUUCUUUAUAUUUUACUUCAUUUGUGAAUCAUCUGGCUUUAACUGUUUAUUUUUUCUGAUAAGAUAUAUUGUAUUAAAGCAACGAGAAUGAGUGGUGCUUUUUGUGUUGGUUGUUCAAUGCAUUUUACUCUUUUCAAGCGAAAGAAUCGCUGUAUAAGAUGCAGACUUCAGUAUUGUUCGCCAUGCUUUAAAAAGGGGGAGAAUCUUCCUCGUAGGAACAUUAAGCAAUGUCUUAAAUGCCACGCUUUGUCUUCACAACCGUUUAUAAGGUCCGAACUCAUGCUGUUGUCAGUGAAAGAACUAAAAGCAUUCUUGGAACAGAGAAAUGUCUCUUCAGCUGGUUGCACAGAGAAACAGGAUUUAGUUGAUGUCAUGAUUAAUCAUCAAGCAAGACAACAAGUAGAACUAGAAACACCUAAUGAACCCUCAGUUAAUGAACCCUCAGUUAAUGAACCCUCAGUUACCGAACAUGGUACAAAUGAACCUAAUGCAACUCGUUUUAAUCAACCUCCAAUUAAUUCACAAACAUCCUCAUCCAGUCAGCAACAAGCUCGCACACAAUCGCAUAAUUCAUCUCAGGGUUUAAACGAUUUCUUCAGCGGAAUUCACAUUAAUCCUGAAAUUCAUCGUUUCGUUGAAUCAGUGUUUCAAUUUGACGAGAGUGGAGCAAUGGGUUUGCGACCACCAAGCCAACACGAGAUACACAAUAGAAAUGAAACUAGUCAUGAUAUUCCAAUCUAUCAACAAUAUACACCCAAUGAAAACUUCACUCCUUCCUGUGUUAACCCAAAUCCAGUUGGGAGCCGAUCCAAAAUAUCAUUAGAGAGCUUCAAUGAUGGAAGUGAUAUCAGAAAGUUAUCUGCAAAAGAACUGAAAGUUCUUUUAGAUGACAAUUAUGUGGAUUAUAAAGGCUGCGUUGAGAAAGAAGAACUAGUUCAACGUGUGACGAUGCUUUGGGAAUCGAAGAAAAUGCAGCAAAAUGCCACCCCAAGUUCAAGUGAGAACCUGGGAACACCAGGAGGAGAAAAUGAAGUGUGUAAGAUAUGCAUGGAUCAUGUGAUUGACUGCGUAUUUCUGGAAUGUGGCCACCUUUUGACUUGUGUUGAUUGCGGGAGAAAACUCAGAGAAUGCCCAAUGUGUAGGCAAAAUAUUGUGAGAAUUGUUAGGGUAUUUAAGAGUUAGAUUCUAGUGCACAAUUUGCAUUCAGUUUUUCAAUAUUCGCUGAAAAUUCAUUCAUAUUAUGAAUGCUGAUCAAAUUUUUUUGUUUUAUUGUUCAUAAUGAAUAAAAUUUCUAAGUUGGUUGAUUUGCGGCGGAAAGAUAUCUAGAAACAAUAUGUUCUCACACCAUACAUUUCAAGUUUUAGUGACAUUUCCAUGUUAGCUCCAAAGUAGUGAAAACACAGUAGAAACACAAAUUUUUUAUUAAACUUUUUCUGAACAAACUUCAAUACUAUAUACAACAAACUUCAAUAUUAU